AUGGCUGAGGAUCGCCCCGUGUCCCUCAAGGGCGCACCGGGAAAUCUGCGAUUUGUCCCAGGCGAAGACGUGGAGAACGCUUUAGGAGCAGCCGCCCAUCUCACUAUUGUACGCGGAAUGCUCCGUGCAGUCGUCGAAGAUCCCCAGGGCCUUACCGAGGAGGACUUUGAAGAAUUCGAAAAGACUCUCGACUUCCUUGCGACGGAAGAUCUUGCUAAACACGUCGAAAGUUUGCAAGCCACCGUCAGACGUUCGCGUCUAUCCCGAUUCGCUCGCUUUGUGCACACUUCUGCCACUCCCUCCCCACCAGUGGCCAAGAAAGCCCUCUGUGCUCUCCCUCCAAUCCCUCGAAAGCGCUGCCGCAUCUUCGAGGAACUCGAGGAAGAAGAAGAAGAACGCAGAAUUGCCGCCACCUCCAAAAUCAUUCUCAAUGAACAAAACUGA